GAUCAGAAGUAACCUAUUCAAAUAAGUAAAAAAGCAAUAAAUGUCAUAACAUAAGAAGCCUACUAAAUGUUAAUCAUUUGCUCUAUUGCAACCACUAACUAGUAAUUUGGAUCUAUUCCAAAUAAAUAUCCAAUUGAUAGUGAUAAUGAAGUCCUAUUGAAGCUGAAAGCACACUUCUACCAAGAUGUUACGAAGGUGCACUGCAAGACAUCAUAGCUCACUUAGAUUAUUCUCAACAGCAAAAAUAUGUUUUGCUGAAAAUGAGGCAAGCAACAAAAUUCAAUUAAUCCAUCAGGUACCUCCCACAAGUGCCAGAGUGGUAAUAUGCGGUGGUGGUGUAAUGGGGGCAUCUGUUGCCUAUCAUCUAGCAAAAUUAGGAUGGGGAUCUGAAACUGUACUAAUUGAACAGAAUAGAAUUGGAGGAGGCACCACAUGGCACUCCUCUGGACUUAUUGGGGUUUUCAAACCAAGUUUAGCUCAAGUGCAGCUCACACAAUCCAGUAUAGAAUUAUAUCAAGAAUUAGAAAAGAAAGGAUUGUCAACUGGUUGGAAACAAAAUGGAAGUUUGAAUUUGGCAAGAACUAGAGAUAGAAUGACUGUAUUCAGGAGAAUGAAAUCUCAAUCAGUUUCUUGGAAUAUUGAAUGUGAUUUAUUAACACCAGAAGAAUGCAAGGAAAAGUGUCCACUAAUAAAUAUUGAUGACAUUGUUGGUGGUUUGUGGAUACCUGGAGAUGGUGUUGGGGAUCCCUACAAAAUUUGUUUGUCUAUUUUGGGUGAAGCACAAAAACAAGGAGUAAAAGUAAUUGAGAAUUGUAGUCUCAAGUCAAUUAAUCAAACAAAUGGAGUGGUAUCAAGUGUAGAGACUGAUUUAGGCAACAUAAAAUGUGAGUUUUUUGUCAAUUGUGCUGGGUUCUGGGCCAGAGGAGUGGGACAACUUUCAGAACCAUUUGUUAAAGUUCCUUUACAUGCAGUAGAGCAUUAUUAUUUACACACAAAACCAAUUCCUGGAUUAGAUCCUGAAACACCAGUAAUACGUGAUCAAGAUGGUCAUAUUUACAUUCGCGAAAAUAAUGGUCGUUUUCUUGCUGGGGGGUUUGAACCUAUAGCGAAACCAGCUUUUGAGGAUGGCAAAAUUCCUGCUAGCAGUAAAGAGAGAUACUUACCAGAAGAUUGGGACCACUUCCACGUUUUAUUUGAGCAGCUGCUACACCGUGUUCCAAGUUUGGGUUCAGCUGUUUUGGACCGUCUAUGUAAUGGCCCAGAGGCUUUCAGUCCUGAUUGCAAAUGGAUAGUUGGGGAAGCACCUGAAAUCCGCAAUUAUUUGAUAGCAGCGGGCAUGAAAACUAUUGGCAUAUCAGCAGCGGGCGGAGUUGGAUUAGCUACUGCCGAAACGAUUGUUAAUCGGGAAACUUCAUUCGACAUGUAUGAAAUUGAAGUGUCGCGUUUUCUAGGUCUGCACAACAAUCGUAAAUUUCUACGCGAUCGCGUCACUGAGGUUCCCGGUUUGCAUUACGGUCUUUUAUAUCCAUUUCACGAAUUUCAGACGGGCCGGAACUUGCGAAUGUCUCCGGUUUAUCCGAAAUUGCGUGAAGCAGGUGCUGUUUUUGGACAAGUAAUGGGCUACGAACGACCUACAUGGUUUGGACCAAAACAAACUGAUAAUCGGGAAGCUCAAGAUUGGUCUACGCCCUACAGAAUAGCAUAUACAAAUACAUUUGGUAAACCUCCUUGGUUUGAUUAUGUCGCUGAUGAAUACGCAGCCUGCAGGGAAACGAUUGGUAUCAGCGACUAUUCGUCAUUCACAAAAAUUGACUUAUGGUCUAAGGGCGAUGAAGUCGUCAAAGCUUUGCAAUUCGUUUGUUCAAACGAUGUGGAUGUUCCAAUCGGUAGUAUAAUCCACACUGGUAUGCAAAACAAAUAUGGCGGCUAUGAAAAUGAUUGUUCCCUCGCAAGAAUCUCAGAAAAUCAUUACAUGAUGAUUGCGCCAACAAUCCAGCAGACUCGUUGUAAAGUCUGGCUACAAAAACAUCUUCCAUCGACAGUUGCCCUGUCUGAUGUAACCAGUAUGUUUACAUCGCUUUGUAUCAUGGGUCCUUUUACGCGCACACUACUAGCGGAGCACACGGACACCGAUUUAAGUCCGAAAAACUUCCCGUUCUUUACUUUCAAAAUGCUUGACGUUGGAUUAGCAAAUGGAAUACGAACAUUCAAUCUUACGCACACCGGAGAGUUGGGGUAUGUUAUGUACAUCCCCAACGAAUUUGCUCUCCAUGUCUAUUCGAGGCUAAUUGAAUCGGGACAAAAGUAUGGAAUGAAACACGCAGGUUACUACGCAACGAGAGCGUUGCGAGUAGAGAAAUUCUACGCAUUCUGGGGCCAGGAUUUGGAUACUAAGACGACUCCACUUGAAUGUGGACGUGCAUGGCGGGUUAAAUUUGACAAAGGCGUUGAUUUUAUUGGCCGAGAUGCGUUACUGAAACAACGCGAGGAAGGCGUGAAACGAAUGUAUGUUCAGUUGUUGCUUGAGGAUCAUGAUUUCGAAACGGAUCUUUGGCCAUGGGGUAGCGAGCCCAUUUACAGGAAUGGAAAAUAUGUUGGCGUAGUAACGACGGCUGGUUAUGGCUUCACGUUCAAAAAACAAGUAUGCCUCGGAUUCAUCGAGAAUUAUGACGGCAGAGGCAAUAAACAGCGCGUGACUAAUGAGUAUGUUCUGUCUGGUGAUUAUGAAGUCGAUAUUGGUGGAAUAAGAUAUAAUGCCAAAGUGAAUUUGCACUCGCCGAAUCUUCCGACUAAAUUCCCCGACGUAGAAAGAGAAGCGUAUCAAGCCACUAGGGAUAAAAACGACGACUCACUGGUUGUGACAGCAAUUAAACGUAAGAAUUAAUCGUUCCGCUUCCGUGCAACAUGAAACAAGACAAUAAUUUGGUGAGUAAAUGUUACAUAAUGAUUACAUAAGUGAUUACAUUUUCCGUGCACGUGCUGCUGCAACGUUUUCGUCAAUUUAUAACUACAUACAUUAUGUCAAAUAUAUUACUGUUAAUUAAAUGUGAUUUUCCAUAUA